CCCUCUGGUGAGCUCCGAUGGAGAACGAAUCCUUCAGCGUCAGCUAUAAGUUAACUCUGGACCCAUUUUUUAUUCCACCUGGUGGAAAGUAUCCCAUCUUUUUCCUGGGCGUUGCUAUCUAUUCAUUUUGUGCGUUCUGCAACCUGACCUUACUGUCCGUCAUCGUCAUGCAAAGGAACCUUCACAAACCCAUGUAUUUUAUUCUCUUCAGUCUUCCUCUCAACGAUCUGAUAGGAAUCACUGCGAUGCUCCCAAAGGUGCUGUCAGACAUUGUGACUGAGACAAACACGGUCUUUUACCCCCUCUGCGUUAUUCAGGGGUUUCUGCUCCACAUGUACGGAGGCGCGGUUCUCUUUAUCCUUGCGGCUAUGGCCUUUGAUCGUUAUGUUGCCAUCUGCCAGCCGUUGAGGUACAGUACUAUAAUGACACCCAGGAAUGUGGCGGUCAUUAUUUUACUGGUUUGGGGUCUUGACCUCCUCUUGAUCCUACUGCUGUUCUCUCUGCAGAUAAAGCUUCCCCGGUGUAGAUCCUCCAUAAUGAAUGUGUUUUGUGAUAACCCCUCCCUUCUUAAACUCACCUGUGGUAAUACUACACUGAAUAAUGUCAUAGGACUGUUUAACACUGCAGUCAUGCAGGUUAUAAGUGUGUCCAUUCAGAUUUUUUCCUAUGUGAAGAUUCUGAUCACUUGCUUGGUUACAAGAAAGUCUGACGCUAAGAGUAAGGCUUUGAACACCUGUGUGGCACAGUUGGUCAUAUUCUUCAUAUUUGAGGUUGUAGGAACCUUCACAAUUUUAUCACACAGAUUCAAGAUUGUCUCAGCUGACUUGCAAAAGAUUAUGGGCAUGCUCAUCUUUCUAGUAUCUCCACUUAUGAAUCCAAUUGUAUACGGGCUGAAUGCAAGUGAAAUACGAAUCACCCUACUGAAAGUAUUUCUCAACAAAGUAUCAGUCUGAACCAAUUAUAAACAUGGUGUGAUGAUGGUGGUUUACGGUAAUAAUUUAGCCAGAUGUGGGGCAGUGUAUUGUUUUUGCACAGAACACAUGAAACGAAUAGUUACGUAAUACUUCCUAUUGGUAGUUCAUCACUAUUUCUGUGCUUUGUAUUGGUAAGCAAUUCACAUUAUAAACGUUGUGGUUCGAGCCCUGAAUGCUGAUAUACCAUGGCUGAAGGUUGUGUUAUAUCAAACCGUAUACCACGGGUAUGACAAAAUAUUUAUUCUUACUGCUCUGAUUACAUUGGUAACCAGUUUAUCAUAGCAACAAGGCACCUCGGGAGUUUGUGGUAUAAUUCCAAUCAAAUCAAAUGUUAUUGGUCACAUAACAUGUUUAGCAGAUGUUAUUGCAGGUGUAGCGAAAUGCAAUAUACCACGGCUAAGUGCUGUAUCCAGGCACUCCGCGUUGCGUCGUGUGUUAGAACCGUGAUAUAUUGGCCAUACACCACACCCCUUCUGGCCUUAUUGCUGAAGUAUACCAUAGCUUCAAAUCAUUCAUCAAACUAUCAUUUCAACCUCAUGGACUGGCAGUCCCUGAAUCCCUAAAAGUCACUGGUAGUUGAAAUUAGAGAUUGUGCUUUUAAGUUGUUUCCCUUUACCUAAUCUUUAUUUAUAUCUCAAUGUUUCUUGGUAUUUAUUUUAAUUUAAUUUUUCCAUCAUCAGAAAGCAUUUACACGUUUCCAGAGGGAAACAUACAAAGUUAAACAUUAAGGUAAAAUAUGGGAGGGAACACUUGAAAAUAUAUGUUAAGGUCUAAUCUGUGAUUGGUACAUCCAUUUUUGGACAUUAAAAUUAAUUAUCAAUACCCAUUGGUUCUUGAAGAAUACAGUAUAAUUAUAAAUGCCUCAUUAUCUUAGUUCAAGUGUAGUACCCACAUCAGGACCCAACAUAUACGCUUGUUUCACUCCAUUGUAAACAAACACUCAUGGUUAAAACUAUCAUUUUGAUAUCAUGGAUGGUCACUUCUUGCAUCUAUAGCUCUGUCUAUAAAUUUGAGAAAGAUUACAGUUAUCCAGACCAUUUUCUAGCUCAGUUGGUAAAGCAUGGUGUUUGUAACACAAGCAUAGUGGGUUUGAUUCCCGGGACAGUAUGACUAUAAGUGGCUUUGGAUAACAGCAUCUGCAAGUUGGCUGUUUACCAAAACAGUGGUGAGUUGUCAUGGUUUACUUCUGUUGAAGGAAAGGCGGACCAAAACGCGGCGUGGUUUGCGUUCAUCUUGAUAUUUAAUUAAAGAAAGUACUGAACACUGAAUACAAAAACAAUAAACAAAUAACACCUGCCUCUGAUUGAGAACCAUACUAGGCCGAAACAUACAAAUCCCCAAAUCAUAGAAAAACAAACAUAGACUGCCCACCCAACUCACGCCCUGACCAUACUAAAUAAAUACAAAACAAAGGAAAUAAAGGUCAGAACGUGACAUUGUUUUGUUUGAGCUUCAGAUUGCCCUUAAAAGUAAAUAGUAUAAAUACUAUUUUUUGCCCUUGAUUUCUAUAGCACAAGGAGUAAUUUUGCUUUUAUUGUUCCCCAUAAACAUUUUUAUUUAAUAUUUUAUUGUUUUCUAAAUGUACAAUUUAUUUUCUACUUUGGACUCAAUUCAAUCUGUAAAGCUGAAACAUAACAGAUUCUGCGAUAUAAAUGUAAAAGUACAUUUCCAAUACAGCCGUCACACUGUAUGCAGGCAGCGUUUACUGUGAAUGCUGUCUCCGCUAAAGAGAAAACACUUUCAUUUUCAAUCACACAGUAAAGUUGAACUUCACUGGUAUUGAUUGAAUAGAGCCCAUUGUAGUUUUGGGACAUUUUAAAAGUGUUGUAUUUAAUAUGUGCUGAUGUGGUGAUUUUACAAUAAAGCCUUUUCAUAGGUCA